CUGAAGGCUGAAACAAUCGUACCCAAUAUUAUAUAGUUGGAGAGCUUAUUUUCUAUCCGCUUUACAAAGAAGACUCGAGCGAGAAGAUGCUGGCGGUGUUCGACAAAUCGGUUGCGAAGUGUCCAGAGGGCCUGAAGAGCCCCCAUUCUGGAUCGGUUUCUGCGUUGAAGGAUGGAGUUUUGGUCGAUUACUUCUCCUCUGUUAAUCCGGGUUCCGUCGCCAUUAAUCUGGGGACUGCAGGUUCCCUUGUGUACACCACCGACAGACAGAACCCUCUCCUCCCAAGAUUAUUUGCUGUGGUGGACGAUAUAUUCUGCUUGUUCCAAGGACAUAUCGAGAACAUUGCUCUUCUGAAGCAACAAUAUGGAUUAAACAAGACUGCGAAUGAAGUCAUCAUUGUGAUAGAAGCUUACAGAACUCUCAGGGACAGAGGGCCUUAUCCUGCGGAUCAGGUUGUGAAAGAUCUCAAUGGGAAGUUUGCAUUUAUCCUCUAUGACUGCUCUUCAAAACUCACCUUCGUUGCCUCUGAUACUGAUGGGAAUGUUCCUUUCUUCUGGGGAACUGAUUCUGAUGGCAAUCUUGUUUUCUCGGAUGAUGCGGAGGUCGUUAAAAAAGGCUGUGGGAAGUCUUUCGCACCAUUUCCCAAAGGAUGCUUCUUCACAUCCUCUGGAGGCUUGAGGAGUUAUGAGCACCCUCUGAAUGCGUUGAAGGCAAUGCCAAGGGUUGACAGUUCAGGCCAGGUUUGUGGUGCGACUUUCAAAGUUGAUGAAGAGACCAAGAAGGAAAGUAGCAUACCAAGAGUUGGGAGUGCUGCAAACUGGUCCUCACAGAUUUAACUUCACAAUCUGCAUUUCAAAUAGGCUCUGUUAUCUUUUAGCCUUUGGCUUUAAUGUUUUAACCUGUUGUCUGGAAGUCCUCUGCUUCAGUGGCUCAGGACUCCGUUAAAAUGUUUUCCUAAACUUCUGAGUAGACAUAUUAUCAUGAGGUAUAAUGGCAUGGUGACAUCUCUGACUCAUGUCGAACAUGUUGGCUGAUGUUGUAUUGUGAUCUGAGGAACUGAAAUGAACUGUCUUUUCUAGCCUGUGUCUGUGUAUAAUAAUAUUGGAAGAUUUUCAGAGUUUACACCACACAAGUGAUGUGGUAGUAGUAUAUUGAGAGACCAUUUUUAUA